UACAUAUACAUAUACAUAGAGAUGGAGCAACUUGAAAGGAUAGAGUUGGAGUCACAGAUAUGUAACGAGUUGGAGAACUUUAUUGGUAGCUCGGAUAAGGUGAUGGCAGAGUUCAUUAUAAAUCUGGCAGAGGCACAUCCCUCUUUGCCAGAGUUCAAUAGAGCAUUGAUUGAUAAUGGUGCAGAGUUCCCAGAGUCAUUAGUAGCACAUCUACUCACUAUAAUAGAGAAGAUGAAUCCAAAAAAUAGAAACAAGUCUGGCUCAUCAGCACUCAAACAUACAUCAACAUCGACGUCGUCUACGACGACCAAGUCCGAGUGGGAUGCACAAGAAGACAACUCGUUGAAGAAGCUCGUUAAUCAGUUCCCUGCAUUGAAAAACAACAAGGUCAGCAACAGCAAGGACGGCAAGGACAUCAAAGAAGAGAAGAGUAACAGAGAUAGGGAUGGUGACAGAGCAAGAGAUGGCGAUCGUGGAAGGGAUGGAGAGAGAGACAGAGAUAGAGACAAAGACAGAGACAGAGAUAGAUAUAGAGACAGAGAUGAUCAUAGAGAUAGAGAUAGAGAUAGAGAUUACAGAGAUAGAGGAGAUAGAGAUAGGAAGCCAGUGGACAAGGAGCCAGUGAUCGACUCAAUAUAUAGUGGCAAGGUAACUGGUAUCAAUGAUUAUGGAUUCUUUGUACAGUUGGAGGGCUUGGCAGGAAAGAGAGAGGGUCUGGUGCACGUGACUCAGAUCAAGAAUGCAAAGAUAGGGCAUCCCUCAGAUGUGGUGAAGCGUAAUCAGGUGGUCAAGGUCAAACUGCUCAAUAUUGUUGGCUCGCGAUUGUCCCUCUCGAUGAAGGACGUCGAUCAACAGACUGGUGCCGACUUGAAUCCAGUGCGACAGCCCAUCCGCUCAAUCUCCUCGCUUGAUGACGACAAGCGAUCAAACCCUUCACGUCCAAUGGACAAGCGAGGAGGCGCCGCAUCUGAGCCCAUCGUUGAGCAACGUCGUGGCAAGCGAAUUUCAUCUCCCGAGCGAUGGGAGUACAAGCAGCUGAUCGCCGCAGGCGUAAUCAACAUCAAGGAGUUGCCCAACUACGACGAAGAGCUGGGCUUGGUGGCAGAGGUGGACGACGACGACAAGGAGCUGGACAUUGAGCUCAACGAAGACGAGCCCGUCUUCCUCAAGGGUACGAGAAACAACAUGCAACAGAUGUCACCAAUCAAGAUUGUCAAGAAUCCCAAUGGUUCAAUGCAGCGUGCCGCCGCACAGAGUGGCACGCUGGCGCGUGAGAGAAAGGAAGAGAAGGAGUUGGCCAGGAAUGAGAUCAUGGACGCCAUCCCCAAGGACCUCAACCUGCCUUGGGAGGACCCCAUGCCCGAGCCUGGCGAGCGUCACAUUGCCCAGGAGCUGCGCGCGCUCGCUGCCCCAGCAUACGAGAUGCCCGAGUGGAAAAAGACAACAAUGGGCGAGCACACAACAUACGGCAAGGUGACCACGCGAUCGAUCAAGGAACAGCGCGAGUCCUUGCCCAUAUUUGCCCUGCGCGAGGUGUUUUUGCAGGCGAUUGCCGAUAACCAGUUGCUCGUGGUCAUUGGAGAGACUGGCUCUGGAAAGACAACUCAGAUGACACAGUAUCUGGCCGAGGCUGGCUAUGGAACGCGAGGCAGGAUCGGCUGUACACAGCCACGUCGUGUGGCCGCCAUGUCCGUGGCCAAGCGUGUGGCCGAGGAGUACGGAUGUCGUCUGGGUGAGGAGGUUGGUUAUGCCAUCCGUUUCGAAGACUGUGUGUCUAACGAAACAGUGAUCAAAUACAUGACAGAUGGUAUCCUGCUUAGAGAGUGUCUGUUGGACCCUGACCUGUCGCAAUACUCUGUGAUCAUUCUGGACGAGGCGCACGAGCGUACCAUCUCCACAGACGUCCUGUUUGGCCUGCUGAAGCAAACGAUCUUACGUCGUCCCGAUCUCAAGGUUCUGAUCACCUCGGCCACACUGGAAGCCGAGAAGUUCUGCAAGUACUUUAUGAACAGCAAGCUGUUCUACAUUCAAGGUCGCAUGCAUCCAGUCGACGUACGCUACACAAAGGACCCCGAGAGUGACUAUCUGGACGCGGCACUCAUCACCGUCAUGCAGAUCCAUUUGACCGAGCCCACUGGCGACAUUCUCCUGUUCCUUACGGGUCAGGAGGAGAUUGAUACAGCGUGCCAGGUGUUGUACGACCGUAUGAAGCAGUUGGGACCCUCGGUACCCGACCUCAUCAUCCUGCCCGUGUACUCUGCGCUGCCGUCCGAGAUGCAGACCAAGAUCUUUGACCCUGCACCACCAGGCGCGCGCAAGGUGGUCAUUGCCACAAACAUUGCAGAGACAUCACUGACGAUCGAUGGAAUCUACUACGUGGUGGACCCUGGUUUCUCCAAGCAAAAGUGUUUCAAUCCAAAGAAUGGCAUGGACUCGCUGGUGAUCGCACCCAUCUCACAGGCCGCCGCCAAGCAGCGUGCUGGUCGUGCAGGUCGUACUGGACCAGGCAAGUGCUAUCGUCUGUACACACUGCAUGCCUACGAGAAUGAGAUGUUGCCGACGAGCAUACCUGAGAUACAGCGAACAAACCUUGGCAACACAGUGCUCACAUUGAAGGCGAUGGGCAUCAACGAUCUGCUGGGCUUUGACUUUAUGGACCCGCCCCCAGUCCAAACACUGGUGUCUGCCAUGGAGCAGCUGUACAAUCUUGGCGCGCUCGACGAGGAGGGCAUGCUGACACGACUGGGCAGGAAGAUGGCCGAGUUCCCACUGGAACCAUCACAAUCCAAGAUGCUCAUCUCGUCUGUGGACUUUGGCUGCUCGGAUGAGAUCAUCACGAUCGUCGCAAUGCUGAGCGUUCAGAACGUCUUUUACCGACCCAAGGAGAAGCAGGCGCUGGCCGACCAGAAGAAGGCCAAGUUCUUCAACGCCGAGGGUGACCAUCUGACGCUGCUCAACGUCUACGAGGGCUGGAAGAACAGCAAGUUCAGCAACCCAUGGUGCUUUGAGAACUAUGUCCAGGCGCGUUCACUCAAGCGUGCGCAGGAUGUGCGCAAACAGUUGAUCACCAUUAUGGACCGCUACAAGCUGGACCUGAUCUCGUGUGGCAAGAACUUCACCAAGAUCAGAAAGGCCAUCUGCUCAGGUUACUUUGCCAACACGGCCAAGAAGGAUCCAACCGAGGGCUACAAGACAAUGGUGGAGGGACAGCCGGUCUUUAUCCAUCCGUCGUCCUGUCUGUUCAAUCGAAAUCCCGACUGGGUGAUCUAUCACGAGUUGGUGAUGACCACCAAGGAGUACAUGCGAGAGGUCAUAUCAAUUGAUCCCAAGUGGUUAGUAGAGCUGGCGCCCAACUUCUUCAAGAUGUCCGAUCCCAACAAACUAUCAAAGCGCAAGAGAAAGGAGAAGAUUGAACCAUUGUACAACAAGUAUCAAGACCCCAAUGCUUGGAGACCAUCAAAGAGAAGA